GCACGUUCACCUGGUGCAGCCCUGCCCUCCUCCCUCCAGCUGCUGAGAAAUCUUUACCCUGCGGAAAUACCGCGUUCACCACCUCCCACCUCAUCCAGCGACUCCCCGCUACACCCUCAGCUCAGGUAAACGGGGAAGUCGACCUGCGAGAGCGGCUCUGAAAAUGCUUGACACACCCGCAGCGGACAUGACGGGAGAAAUGACCGAGCAGAAGAACUUUUCUGAACUCAUUGGUCAGAUAUUGCAAAGUGCGCCAGAUGCGAGGAAACACCUUGUUGACAACCACAGCAACCUCCUGCAAGUGGCGGAUUACUGCGAGAACAGUUACCUCCAGGCAGAGGAUCAGACCAAGGCUUUGGAUGAGGCCAAGGCUUUGACCGCCCAGUCUCUGGCCAGUGUCUCCUACCAGAUCAACAGUCUGGCCACCACCAUGCUGAAGCUGCUGGACUCGCAGGCCAUGCAGAUCAGAGCUAUGGAGAACUCAGUCAACCUGCUGUCACUGGCUGCUGCUAUCCACUUUGAGAAGGUGGCGAGGAGAGAGAUUGGUUCUUAUACUACGGCCAAAGACAGGACUCGCUCCAGGCUGAUGGCUCUGCCGCCUUUAGGCAAGGAGCCAGAGAGGGGCCACUUAAGGGUGCCGAUAUCAUACUCUGCCUUGGACACUAUUGGACACUGUUUUCAGAUCAUUGAGGAGCAGCCCAGAAAGAGGGCAGACAGCAUACUGAGCACUGCAGACAUCUCUGUAACCAGUCUCGGCAUCGCUGUGCCUCCUCCGUCAGUCCCCACCUUGCAAACUGUCGCCAACCCGUCCAACGACAGUCUGCCCCCACCUCCUCCCCCGGCCGGUGGCCUGGACCCCGGGCUGCCUGCCCCUCCGCCCUUCUCUUCCUCCAUGGACUACGGCCUCCCCCCUCCUCCCCCCAUGACCUCGCCGACAUGUCAGCCCCCGCCGCCCCCUCCGCCGACUAUCGGCCUGUCGAACGCAGCCUACCCACCGCCUCCGCCGCCGCCGCCAUCAUCGGGAGCUGGACCUCUUCUCCCUCCGCCUCCGCCUCCUCCUCCUCCAGUGUCAGGAGCGUCAUCUCCCCCACCUCCUCCUCCUCCUCCUCCUCCACCACCUCCCCCUCUCCUACAUUAACAAACAAUAUGGGUCAUGUCGGAUGGUUACAGUUUUGCGAAAACAGGUAACAAGUCUGAGCAGACAUGCUGGGUCUUUGCCAUGAGAUGAAAGUGUAAAAGAUAUUUCCAGGUCUGUUUUGUCAUCGACAUCAUGUGCAAAUAAAAGCUGGAAACAGUCAAAUUGACCUUGAGCUGUUUCAUCUGUGUUGAACAGCACAAAAUGAGCCUCAGAUUAUACAUUUUUUCUGGGACAGGAAAUCCUCCUUCGCAGUGACACAGUGUGCUGCGUUGAACGCUGCUCUGCGGAGCGUGUUUCAACAGCCCCUGCACUGCAUUCCUGUGAAACAAGCUCAAACAAGGAUUUCCACAUUUUCGUGUUAUCUUUAGUUUUUUGUGUCCUGUAAUGUGAUUUCCCCUCCUUAUUACGUCUUUGUGUUAUAACAAUAUUUCUUAAUCCGUUCGAGUGACUUCAAAAGCUGGUGGCCUUUUACACUGUCAAUCUACUGUGUGGGGAGCGCACUAUCAGUGACAAUAAGUUGUUUACGUCACAUGCUACUUUAAACAGGUCAAUGAGGCUGUAA